AUGUCGUUCAAGAGUCUUCUUAUCAUCGUACUUCUGGCCUUGUUGACAAAUAACGCUGGCGGCAUCAAAAUAUUUCCUAGCCCCGGUGCCCUUCCAGCUCAGAUUCCCGCUGCAUGCCGUGCAUCAUUGUCAACCAAUAUCGCAUGCGGUCCAACUUUGGUACUUCCACAUGAUAUAGAGCGCGAAGUUGGCUUCGACGAUGAGUUUCUCAAAGAAUACUGUAACUCAACAUGCACAACAUCUAUACAGACCUGGACGACUGCUGUCAACGCGCGUUGCGGCAAUACUCAAUACUCAUUUCCUGGCAACGUAUCACGAUCAGGAAGCGAUUUUGCGAUCCCGUUUCAGUGGGCACACAAUUCUGUGUGUGCAAAAGGCGGACCAGCUUCCGAGUUCUGCUACCCAGACGCAGUGAACCAAACAUUGAAGGUUUGCGACGAUUGUGCGCUGAAAUAUUUUGCCGCCAUGCUCAACUCUACUUAUGGGGCGCGAAAGAUGUCAGAGACAAGAUUUCGGUCACUUGUAUCAUCUUGCGGAGCUUCACCAACCAAAUAUCCAUACUCAACCGCCUCAGUGGUGACAGCGCCCCCGACGACAAUUACAGAUCCGGCCCGUCGAUGCUCUGGGAGCGAAUAUGUUGUGGGCGGUGGAGACUCUUGUGAAUCCAUUGCAGCGAGGAAUGGACUUGCGAUCGAUCGAUUUCUGGCUGAUAACAGCAUUGACUUCAAGUGUUCGUCUCUGACGGCGGGAUCUUCAGUUUGUAUUCAAGAUAGCUGUAAAUUGCACACAAUUCAGAAAGGCGAGACCUGCAAACAAAUUGUGGCUGGGAAAGCGUAUACAACAAACGAGCUGGUAGCGUGGAAUCCGAUACUUGAGACAGGAUGCGAGAACACAACAGCUCUGGAAGGUCGAACAAUAUGCAUUACCCCUCCGGGAACGGACAACUACGAUCUUCAAGUUACAGCAACGUUCAGCUGGACUUGGACCGUACCAAGUGGACAAUGGGUGCCAGGUCCAACUCAAGGCUCUCCACUUGGCAAUUCUACCACAAAUUUGCAGUUCGUGAUGCCUACCACAACCAUGACCAGAGGAAGCGGUCCAGAUCCAACUGCGUACUUUUUGAACUGCCCUAUCAAAGGCCAAGAUUAUGACAACGGUUUCGAUUGGGAAAUGAUCAAUAAACCACUCACAAUAAUGAUAGACGUUGCUCCGCAGAUUCUCGGAGUCAGACUAUCUAUGGAGAAGGCUCAAGAUUAUACCAGCCGUGUUGUUAUUCUCUGA